AUGAAACAUAAGUUGAAGCAUUUUAUUUGGAAGUGCUUGCAUGAUGUUUUACCAGUUAAUGAGCCUAUCAAAAGGAGAACAGUAAAGGUGAGGACAAAUGCAGGAAGAACUGCAAAUAAAGCUAUACAUGAGUGGUCUGAAUAUAAAGAAGUGAGCAUUGGAGAAGACAAAACAGAGGAAAACGGGGAAAAACAAGUGGCAAAAUCGAGUAGAUGGCAUCCACCCCCGCAGGGGUUUAUCAAGCUAAACUCUGAUGCAGUUUUGGAGCAAAAGGAAAGGAGAAUAGGUUGGGGGGUAGUGGCCAGAAGGGAGGAUGGGGAGAUUGUUGGAGCUUGGGCAGGAGGUGAAAGGAGAGACGAAAACCCAACAGUGGAGGAAGCCUUAGCAAUCAGAAAAGCUGUCAUCAAGGCAAAGCAGAGUGGCUGGAACGAAGAUGUCAUCCAAUCUGACUGUAAACAAAUGGUUGAUAAGCUCAAGGAUAUGAAUGCUGAAGAUUCAGUUACAGGGACUAUCUUAAUUGAUAUACUGAAGCUAAGCCAAGGGUUCGAUGAAUGUUGCUUCUCAUUUGUUAAAAGAGAUGGUAACUGA